AUGGCUGCUAGUGGCUCAAGAAAUAGUGCUAUUGUUCUCUUCACUGAUGAUGAAUUGAAGGAUAUGAAUGGGCUGACGAAGGGCAUAAAUUUUGUUGAAGUCUCAUGUGGUUGUACCAGUAAAUAUGGAGAUACUGCUGGCAAGCUCAAAGUAUUUAGAGAUGGUGACCUCAAAAUUAGAUGCGAGUGCUCAUCAUGCAAUGAAAGUAUCUUUACCCCUGCUGAAUUUGAGGAACAUGCACUAAAGGGGUACAAAAGAUGGAAGCAAACUAUAUGGAUUAUUAUUAAAGGCAAAAAAGUUUCAUUAUUAAAAACAGCAUUGUUAAGAUACUACAAACAAGAAGCGAAGUCUACUAAGGGGCAUAGAGGUCGCAAAAGACGUUCAUGUCACCAUGAUGAAUUUAUUCGAUGUACUGUGUGCAAUAAAGAACGCAGAUUUACACUCCGAGAUAAAAAGGAAUGUCGCAAUUAUCAUGAUGCAAGGGCAAAACCUAAUUGGAGAUGCACCGAUUUUCCAUCUAACAAAUUCUCCUGUGAUGCUGUUGAAGAGAGACAAAGUCGUAAAGUCUUAAGAAGAUGCUUUCGUCUCCCAUCAUGCGAAGGGUGCAACUAUUGUGUCUGCUUGGGAUGUGAGAUGUGUCGUUUCUCCGACUGCAGCUGCCAGACUUGUGUUGAUUUUAUGAAAAAUGCAGCCAAUUGA